CAAAAAAGCCAUCCCCCCGUUCUGCCCCGUCGCACAUUCGGCUCCCGCGACUUGGUCAGAGCGGCGCUGGCAGAGGAGUGCCCGGCAGAAGGGCCUUCGCCCGCUGUUCGGUUUGCAAACCCGCAGCAGGGAGGUGGGCGGCAGCGUCGCCGGCUUCCAGUUACCAAUGGGGAUCCCAGUGGGGAAGUCGAUGUUGGUGCUUCUCAUCUCUUUGGCCUUCGCCUUGUGCUGCAUUGCUGCUUACCGCCCCAGCGAGACCCUGUGCGGAGGGGAGCUUGUUGACACGCUUCAGUUUGUCUGUUCGGACCGCGGCUUUUACUUCAGCAGGCCUUCAAGCCGUGCCAACCGUCGCAGCCGUGGCAUCGUGGAAGAGUGUUGCUUCCGCCGCUGCGACCUGAACCUCCUGGAGACAUACUGUGCCACCCCCGCCAAGUCCGAGAGGGAUGUGUCAACUCUUCAGACCAUUCUUCCGCGCCUCCUCUUCAGGACGACUUCCCCAGAUACCCCGUGGGCAAGUUUUUCCAAUACGACACCUGGAGAAAGUCCGCCCAACGCCUGCGCAGAGGCCUGCCUGCCCUCCUGCGUGCCCGCCGGGGUCGCAUGCUCGCCAGAGAACUCCAAGCGUUCAGAGAGGCCAACCGUCACCGUCCCCUGAUCGCCUUACCACCCAAAGAUCCCGCCCACGGGGGAGCCUCUUCGGAGAUGUCCAGCAGUCAUCAGUGAACUAAAUUGUUUGGUAAUUCUGCAAUGUAACACCAUCAUUCUGUGACCUCCUCUUGAGCAGGGACAGUUCCAUCACGUCUCACACUAAGAUCUCUCUGCACCACUUCCUCCCCUAGGCUUCUCCCCACCUACCCCCAUGCCCCGCCUCCCCGUCAGGCUGCUCCCCAGGCCCCAUACCAUCGGGCAACUCUUCAAAACUAAAUUGAUUGGCUCUAAACAACCCAAAUAACCCCCUCCCAAAAAAUUGUUCUAAAAGAAAAAAUUUAAAACAUACAGUCCCUUUAAAAAACAAAUUGGCUCUGGAUUGGCUCUAAACAACCCAAAUAACCCCCCCCCCAAAUUGUUCUGAAAGAAAAAAUUUAAAACAUACAGUCCCUUUAAAAAACAAAUUGGCUCUGGAUUGGCUCUGAACAACCCAAAUAACCCCCCCCAAAUUGUUCUGAAAGAAAAAAUUUAAAACAUACAGUCCCUUUAAAAAAACAAAUUGGCCUUUUAGAAACACCAGAAUUGUUAACUUAAAAAUUUAAUAACUAAAAAAAUCAAUUGGCUGAAAACAUACUAAAAAUUAAUUGGCUUAAAAACAAUUGGCAAAAUAAGAUAAUUGGCGCCCCCCCCUUCCUCUUCUUCCCAUUUGGAUCUUUAGUCAAAUUGGCUUAGACUUGGAUCUCAGAACCCAAGAAGAAAGGAAGGGGACCCAAAGUUUUCCAGGUGGCAUGUCAUUACUUCAGUGCUAUCUCCUUGUCACCAUGUAGAUAGAGCGCCUUAGCGCAAGCUGACUGAGAACAACAGCCACCCAAACUUUCUUCACUGGCCAUUCCAUCCUAGAUGUCACCAUGUCACCACAGGGCUGGGUGAAAAGAAAGAACACAAGAAGAGGAACAGAGCAUGGAAACUGAAAACAAAACUUAAUUGGCACAGUCCCCCAAUCCCAAAAUCUUAUUUUUUGGUACCUAGCUAAAAUGCAGAUGUUUUUACUUAUCUCUACACACACACACACAAACACAAGUAUGCGCCAUAUAUGCACACACAUAAGCACACUCACUUACAUACUUAUACACACCCCGCACAAUUAGAUGAGAACAUUGAAAUGGCUGAAUAGCUCCUAUUCAGACCACAUUGCCCAAACCAAGAUUCAUUCCCAAUUCGCAAAGCAGUUUGCAUGGUUUGAGCUCCCCUCCCAGUCCAUCUAGUUUCUGCUGCUGCUUGUGGGCCCUGUGUGUGACCAGGCUGUAAGUUCCAUCUUUCCCAGAGAAGGUGUUCCUACAAGGCUCACUUCCAUCUGGGCGCCUGUCUCCAGGGACCCCUACAGCAUGAGCCCAGUGCUCCCCAGCCCCCCACCCGGUGUGGGCCAAUGCCUAUCCACCUUGUGUGUUGGCCUCCUCCAGUGUAGAAUAAGUUUGGCCUGAUAAGGAGAUGGCACUGCCAAGUAAGACAUGCCACCCGAGUAGCCUGACCCCUGGGUGUGUUCCAGGAGGAAAGAUCUGGGGGACAUCCCCUGCCCUGAGCACACCUAUGGGCCAUCUCUGUCAGUCUCCUGGGGAGCCCCCACAUUUUAGGGGCUCCCCAGGAGACUCACACUGAUGGUGGGGAGUGUGGGAAGUUUGGCGGUUGGAGGGGUGGGUGGGGGGCAGUGGGGGCUGGGUGGGGGGAGCUAUGGGUAGGAAGUGGUCCCAGAGAGGUUUUGGAUGGAAGAAUCAGGAGGAGGCACAGGUCAACUUGCAGAAUUACAGAAGAAUUGGGAGCCCAAAUUUUACGCCAAUUGAUCUAUUCCCCUCUUUUUGUUUCUUGGGGCAUCUUUCCUUUUUUUUUUUUCCUUUUUUUUUUGAUCCCUCCUUAGCUUUAUAUGCGCUCAUAAUCAAAUUGUACCCACUCCCUAAGUAACAGGGGAGCAGUGAUGAAGUAAUGAAUGCUCUGAGCCAUCAUCACAACUACCACCAUGUCCUGCUCUCCGCCAUUUAUCGCCUUUAAUUGAUUUUUUGUUUUUAAUCUAUCUCUGUCGCUUGGCCUGAGUUGGGAGUGGAGUCUCUGUGGGGUGCUGGCCACGCACCCACAGAGAAACAAAAGGAAUUGAGAAGGCCGCUGUCUGGCCUGACUUCUGAGGACAGUGGCUGGUCCCCAGGAGUUCUGAGUAGUGGAGGGGGCGUGGGACAGUGUCCCCUCAGGUGUUAGGAAGGUGCUCGGAGGCCACAAAGAUGGGGCCCCCAUCUGGUUACUGCCAGCUGGGGGGGAAGGGGAUGUAGUGUGAGAGUAGACAGGUUCCAUCAGGCGGGAGCAAGUGGCUGCUUUCUGAGCACUUGGGGAGUCAUCCCCCCGUCCCUCAGUGUCAUCUUGCCCAUUCCUCAGCACCCCACCUUGUCCCCAGGAGGUCUGGAGCUCUACAGACCUCCUCUGGCCAGGGUGGGGUGAGGCCUGGAGCUGGGGAAGCUAGGAGGCUUAAAGCCUGCAGAGCCAGGAGAGCUGUCCACAUGGGGUCACCUGGACCCCGAGGCCCGAGGGUCUGGCAAGCCAUAGCAGCCACUCCAUGGUGCCUAAGACUGUGGCAGGGACCAGGGCAGCUGGAGGUUUACCUCACCCCCACUUCUGCCUCCAGUGCAGUCCCCCUGCCCAACAGUCCACUAGUAGUCUAGAGGCCCGAGGCUUCUGGGCCCAGGUGACAGGACUGACAUCUCCCUGGGGGCGGUGUGUGUCAGCCCGACCGUGGCAUAGAGGGUUCCUUGGCAAGUGCCUGAAGAAUGGGCCAUUCGGAACAUUGGACAGAAACUUAAAAGAGUAAAUUGUUAUAAUUGGAGAAUGGGAAUUGGCCCGAUACCCAAAAGAUCUCGAGGCACCCUAAAUUACCUGCCCAUUUGACUGGACACCCACCCACCCAGUGUUAGUUUGCCUCGCCGGGAUGGGUGCUCUCAGGGGCAUUUGCCAACUACCCUCUGUGUCCCCAAAUUUGCAGUUCUCCCCGAUCAUAGAUCACCCUGAUGCAGGCACCUCCCUGACCUCCCGUGCCUAGUGUGGCCCUCCAUCUUGUCUCUUCCAUGCUGUCUUCAGCGGGAUCCCCUCUUGGGUCCCUCCCUUUGUCAUCACUUGAAGACUCCCCACGCGUCGAACGCCAUAUGUCACCUGUGCCACUGAAUGUGUCAUCUGUCAGUGGCCCCAGGUGUUUGCCUCAACUCAGUCCCUUUAACAUGCUAUUUCUGGCAAAAUCCAAAGGCUUGGGUUUUGUUUUUAACCUGUUAACGCUUGCAAACCUAAUAAAGCAUUUAAAAUACUA